AUGAAGCCCGCACGGCAGGCCAAGACGGCCCUCGUCAUCAUCGACGUGCAGAACGGCUUCAAGCACCCGACGCACUGGGGAAGCAGUCGCAACAACCCAGCCUGCGAGGACAAUAUCAGCAAGCUCAUCACUGCAGCUCGAGAUUUCAACAAGAGCAACAGCAGCAGCAGCUCCGCCAGCGCCAUUGAGAUAUGCCACGUCCAUCACCACAGCCUGCAGACCGGCUCCCUGCUUUACCCCGGCGCCCAGGUGGUGUCGGCCCCUGAUGCCGCCUCUCACACGACAACGACGACUACGACUACGACGACUCUCGAUGCCGUCUCGCCGCAAGAAUUCGCCAAGCCGCAAGACGGCGAGCCCGUGUUCGUCAAGAACGUCAACUCGGCCUUUAUCGGCACCAAGCUGGAGGCUCAUCUCCGGCAGCGCAAGGUGCGGCAGAUCAUCAUCUGCGGACUCACGACGGACCACUGUGUCAGCACGUCGACGCGGAUGGCAGGAAACCUCCGGAUCACGGCCGGCGAGGAUGGCGAAGGGGACGUGGUGCUCGUCGGGGACGCGUGUGCCACGUUUGCCAAGGGCGACUUUGACGCUGAUCUGGUGCACAGGGUGAGCCUGGCGAGCCUGGAUGGGGAGUUUGCACAGGUCCUCGAGACGACAGAGGUG